AUGCCAUUCGAAGAGUACUGGUGUAUUCACGUUUACCACACGCCAUCAGAACAAACCGCUGUCGCGGAUGACCUUCAACGAUCCUUUGCAAGAAAUUUAGGCCAGCUCUACGGUCUCGAUCCUCCCACUAAAAGUUUUUGUCUGUCUGUUGAGAAAGAAAAUUAUACUAGCUUUAACGCUACUGGCCUGACUGAAAGACAAUGGUGGCCCGUGUACACUACGCCGUGCUGCGAUGUUACUUCCUGCGCAGUGCAGGUUGCAAAUGCGCAGAUGCUCUGUUGGCCAACCCCUGCCCCAGUCCCAGGGGACCCCCUCCUUUGGGACGAGCUGACAACCAACCUUAGCACCUCUCCUUCCGUCUACGUCCUCUAUACUAACAUCUCCGCAACAAAUGACUGUACAAGUACUAUUGGUAAUACUUACGGCACCACAACUCUUUCGUAUGCACCUUCCGACCUGCAUUCCAUGGAAUACAAUUUCGCCCUCAGUGGCACCACCGGCGUCUCCGCUAUCGGCCAGAAGUGGAAUACUAUCAACUACGCAAACUUGGUAUCGAACUGCACUGGCCUCCCUUUCCAUAACCCCAGCUGGUCUGAUGGCAACGAAGUGUGGCAGAGUUGGAUGUACACCCUCAAACAUUGCUACCCGCUCCUCCAAGAUUCGCCGGCGCUAGGACUGGUGGAUCCGGCUUGGGCGAGGUGUGAUCAACAGAUUGCGAUGUAUGACCCUCCCCGGGCUCUGGUUCCGGGGAAGGCUUUAGGUCCUGCGCCACCAGCCCCAACGCUAUCCCCGGUCAGCUCACCAGAAGGUGAUCCACCAAGUGACAGUUCGAACGACCCAGCGGCUGCGAAGGAUUCAGCCGCCAACGAUCCACAAGCCAACAUUGAUCCUGCCGCUGCGACUCCUGCGCCUGCCAAGGAUUCAGCUAGCGGUGGUCUAAAUACGGAUAGUGACCCUGCCAAUGUGGAGCCAAAGCCUGCGAACGACCCAGCGUCUGCGAAGGAUUCAUUCAACAGCGAUUCAUCCAUUGUGCCUCAAAACCCCGAGAGUGACCCUGCAGACGAAAGUGAAUCUCAAAACAUGGACUCGCAACCUGCUGAGCCUGCUCCGGUACUAGCACCCUCCGUGACCACUAUCGCUGGCCAUAGCAUCCAAGUACCUGCAUCUCAAUCUAUUGUAGGUGUAGUCCUCGUCGAUGGUCAGUCCAUCACAGCCGGACACGAUACAACAACUGUUUCAAGUACACAAAUCGCUCUUCACACCAAUGGUGACCUCGUUCUGGGUACUUCCACGGUUCACAACGUUCUUCCCUUUGAUGCUCCAGCUCCGGCACAAGCGCUCUUUGUCACCACGGUUGCAGGCCACAGCAUUCAAAUCGCCCCGUCUCGGUCCAACGUAGUCAUGGUCGAUGGUCAACCCGUCAGCGCUGGCGCAUCUCCGACGACCGUAUCCAGCACACACAUCGCCCUCCACACCAACGGCGACCUCGCAUCAACCAUCCACAACAUCCUCCCCACCGCACCUCCAGUCCCACUGUCCUACUUCACAGUCGGCAGCCAAACCAUCACCCUCUCCUCAUCCCGGGAUCUUGCCGCCCGCACCACCCACGCAGCCGGAGACCCAGGCUUCGCAGUCGACAGCACCAUCGUCUCUCUUGGUUCCUCAGCCCUGCACAUAGGCUCCAGCACCAUCCCCAUCACCCCACCCAAUCCUGCACUGCCAGCAAUCAUCACCACUGCUGCCGGCCAUCUUCUCACUCUCCUCCCGAGCGGCAUAGUCGUCGCAGGUACCACCCUAACAGCCAACGCGCCCGCCAUCACAGUCUCCUCCACCCUGCUAUCAUUCGGACCCAAUGGCUUCGUAGCCGGCACAUCAACAACCCCGCUCGUCCUCCCCGCCUUCCCAUCGUCCUCAGUCUGCACAACCCUAGGCCAAACCUUCACAGCCCUCCCAUCCGGCACCAUCGCGGUCGCAGGCGUGACGCUCACAUCUAACGCGCCCGCCAUCACUGCCUCCGGCACACUCAUGUCGCUGGGCGCCAAUAGGUUUGUGAACGGGACGACCACCAUAUCGUUACCGAGCGUUGAGACAGCUUCGCCAAGAGGAGGACUGGGGGGGUUUAACUACUCAGAAACCAACAGCGCAUCAAACACAACGCAAACAAGGCCCGACAGUAAUCCCGACGUCUUCUCCGGAGGCGCGGACCGAAUCGCGUUGAGAAAGAGUCUUUUAUUUGGUGCGGCGAUGCUCAGUCGGCUGUACUCUACUGCGUCGUGCGAUAAUCCGGUGCUGCUACCUGGGAUGGAUGGACUCCUGAAUGAGGACGAGGCUGAGAAGAGAGAGAGAUUGCUCAUGGAGCGGAAAGGUAACAACAUUGCGGUGGCUUCGAGUAUCUUGCAUGGGGCGCCUGCGAGCUAG